CUCAAAAUCUUGUUUAGAAUUUAUCAACCUCAACCUGAAUCUCAGCAAUAUCUUAAAUGGAGAUUAAGAUUUUCGUCUCUCUGGCAACCUGCAGCUUCAUUCUCUUUUCUUGUUUCCUUCCUGCUUGUUCAACAUUACCCGUGGCUUCAACAUUACCUAAAGCUUCGACCAUUGUAUCUUCUCUUAAAGUGUCAAGUACCUCGAGAAAGGUAAUUGCGCAAUACCUGGUUCCCCACAACCGCGCUCGUAUCAAGAUCGGCCUUCAUCCUCUCCGAUGGAGUGAAGAACUUGCAACUUUUGCGAAGAAAUGGGCAAAGAAAAGGAAAGGAGAUUGUGCGUUUAUACAUUCGAAUUCGGAUUACGGUGAAAAUAUGUUCUGGGGUAGCGGGAAAGAUUGGAAACCGGCCGAUGCCGUCAAUGACUGGACUCAGGAAAAACGGUACUACAGUCACCGGAAGAAUUCUUGUCUGAUGAACCAGAAUUGUUAUCAUUACACUCAAGUAGUAUGGAAGGAGAGUAGUUUUGUUGGGUGUGCUAGAGUUAUUUGUAACAGUGGAGAUACUUUGAUUACUUGUAAUUAUAAUCCUCAUGGUAAUGUCGUCGGUCAAAAACCGUUCUAGCUACUUCAUUAACUUUGAUCAUCAUCAUGUCCAGAGGUGGAGAUGUCAUCAAAUGUAAUUUUUAAUGGUGGUAUUUUGAAAUGUAAUUACAAAAUAAAGUAGUAGAUCUGUAUCUGUAUGUUGGUUAAUGGUUAUAGCUGUCUUUUUGGUACA